UGUCCCACGGCGUCCCACGAUGUCCAACGCUGUCCAACGUUGUCCAACGUUGUCUAACGACGUCCAACGACGUCCAACGAUGUCCAACGACGUCCAACGGUGAACAACGAUGUCCAACGACGUCCAACGACGUCCAACGAUGUCCAACGAUGUCCAACGGUGUCCAACGAUGUCCAACGACGUCCAACGGUGUCCAACGAUGUCCAACGACGUCCAACGAUGUCCAACGCUGUCCAACGAUGUCCCACGUUGCAGUCCAGUCUAGAUCAUCCAAAAUUCUGUUGGAGGCUUUUGGAGACCCAAACUGGACCGACGGUAUCCCACGGUGUCCCACGGUGUCCAACGAUGUCCAACGAUGUCCCACGUUGCAGCCCAGUCUAGAUCAUCCAAAACUCUGUUGGAGGCUUUUGGAGAUCCAAACUGGACCGACGGUAUCCGACGGUGUCCCACGGUGCAGUCCAGUCUAGAUCAUCCAGAAUUCUGUUGGAGGCUUUUGGAGACCCAAACUGGACCGACGGUAUCCCACGGUGUCCC